GAGAGGAGAGCAGAGGCAGAGGGAGAGCCCCAGAGCAGACCUGCGUCUCUAGCUCGGGAUUUUACAGGGUGCAGCCAGCAUGUUUGCCCUCAGCCCUGCUGCCUGGGGAUUCAGCCUUCAGCUUGUCUUCUGCUUUGCUUUAUCUCAGACUUCAUACGUUGACAAUGUCUUCUCAGUCUCAGCAGAUGUCCCUUGUUUGGAGCAGAAGAAACGCCUCAGCCCCAGAGCGUGCUGCUUCCUCGGCCCGCCGCCGCCGCCGCUGUUCCCACCGCCGUACUUCAGGCACCGCUGGAGCACAAAGCUGCUUGCCCUUGAUAUGAAAGACUUCUGGAAAGAGCUCCAGAUAACAGAGGAAUCUUCCUCUAUACCUGAAUCAUAUUGCCCCUCAGGGCCUCCUGGCCCCCAGGGUCCACAAGGAAUUCCUGGCAUAAUGGGACCAAAAGGGGAGAAAGGGGAGAUUGGCAGGCCAGGAAGAAAGGGUAGACCAGGUCCCCCGGGCGUCCCUGGAAUGCCAGGACCAAUUGGAUGGCCUGGACCAGUGGGACCCAAGGGUGAAAAGGGAGAUUUGGGUGUGAUGGGAUUGCCAGGUACAAGAGGACCAAUGGGCUCCAAGGGUUUUCCUGGAACUAGAGGACAAAAGGGCUCCAGAGGUGACAGGGGUGACAAAGGAGUCAAAGGAGACCAGGGAGAAAUAGGUUCCCCUGGAAUGCUGGGACAGAAAGGCGAGAUGGGCCCGAAGGGGCAAUCCGGAGCACCAGGACACAGAGGACCUAUAGGAAGACCAGGAAAACGAGGCAAACAGGGACAAAAGGGAGACAUUGGACCUGUGGGAAUUAUGGGUCCACCUGGAAGGCCCGGUCCUUCAGGCCAGCCAGGCCCCCCUGGGCCUUCAGGAUCAGGACAAUUAGCAGUAGGACCAAAAGGGGAAAGAGGACUUCCAGGGCCUCCAGGGAGAUGUCUCUGCAGAUCCCCACAAAAUGUGAAUAGUCCACCAUAUGAGGAAUCUGUGUUUGGAUACAGUUAUCCAAAAGUCCCUGCGAUUUUUGUGGUGAACAAUCAAGAAGAAUUGGACCGGUUACACACUGAAAAUGCCAUUGCUUUUAGAAGAGAUCAAAGAUCUUUGUAUUUCAAGGAUACCACUGGAUGGCUCCCAAUCCAGCUCACCCCUUUCUACCCUGUGGGUUACCCCGUAGAGGGUGGUGGCACCUGCGGAGACGGCAUUGUACAGGCCGGAGAAGAGUGCGACGACGGCAAUGCGAUUGUGACCGAUGACUGCAUAAGUUGCCACCGUGCUUACUGUGGUGAUGGCUACAGGCAUGAGGGGGUUGAAGACUGUGAUGGGAAGGAUUUUGGGUAUUUGACAUGUAAAACGUAUCUCCCCGGGUCUUACGGAAAAUUACGAUGCACUUCUUACUGCUACAUUGACUCUACACAGUGUCGAUACUUCACAUGAGGGGAGCGCAGAGGUGGGUAGUAUCCCACGUGUAGCGGGGACGCUCGGUGCUACACUCUCACCUGUCCAAGAAGGCCUGGGACAAAAAGAAAAAAAAAAACUGUGUGUGAAAACAGACAAACAGAUGUCAUGCUGCUGAUGGCCGUUUUGAAAUGUUUUUCUUUUUUUAAAUUAAGAGCGGAGAAAAGUAGGACCACUGCAUCCUGUCUUAAUAGAAAAACGCCGAACAGUGUUUGCCAGUAAGACUUUCACGUGGCUAUGUGUGGGAACUUGCUUUCUAUCACAAAUGCAACAUUAAACUGCUGGAAACCAAAUUUCACUACCCAGGAAUAUUGUGUAACAAGACAACAUUACCUCGACUUAGCACUGUUAGACCUAAAUGUAAAUUCUUCAGGGUUUUUGUUUUUAAACCUUCUCAACGUAAACACAAUGCAUAUCUUGGAUGCGGUGUUUAUGGAGACUCUUUACUCUUGUAUUACAAUGUGAACUUGGUAAGUGCUGUACCCGCGUGAGCUAGGAGUUUGGUGCCGUUAAGGCUAACUCUGCACCCUCGUGGGUAGAGCAAGCCGGCGCCGUUCAGAAAGUGCUUUGAAGGGCAGCAAAUCGAGCAAAGAAGCUGGUGAUCACCGUUGCCUUCAGGCUAAGAAGUUCAGCUGUGUGUAUGUGUGCGCGCACGCGGGAGCGAGGCGGUCAGACGAGGCCUAGAAGCGCCGAACGCAAAGGCCAAACUGGACAAAUAAUGAACUGUGAAAUAGCCAAGGAGCCCUCCCUUCACGGACGAACCAGACUGGAAGGGAGGACAAAGCGCAAACAUUGCUCGUUUUUCCCACCGUUGUCAGGCUGGCUGCAUCCUACGUGACGCCAGGAGGACUGGGACAGCUUCAGGUUAGCAGUUCCCCCGACUGCCUGCCCGAAAUCACAACGUGACCACGUACACACUGCUUUUCACUCCAGUUUCUGCACUGGAAGCUAUUGUUUUUUGUUUUCCUCCCCCUGUCCACCUGAUCUUCAUCAUUCAGGUUAUAUUCUGUCCUCUGUCCAUGUGCGCUGGCCUCCCUCUGUGCUGCUGUCUGUCUCUGCCGUCUUGUCUGGAGUAUCGCUGAGUGUACGUUCUCGUUUUCUUUUUUAAUCUCUGCAAAUCUUGGAGCAGUGUGUCUAGGGAUGCUCAUUCAGUCCAUAUGCUGUAUAAUGUACAUAUAUUUUUGUUUUUCAGAAAGUUUGGUCAAAUAUAUUAGCCCUGAUAGGAGUCAGGGUAAUUAUAUACCUAUUUACCAGUAAGCAUUAAAGAAUGCAUUUCACAUGGGAAGCAUAUUAAAUAUAUUAUGUGCAGAAGAGCUUAUAAUAGAAGAAAAUGCUACAAAGAUGUGUGGAAUUCAGGAUUAAAAGCCUCGGAUGAAGGUGUUAUUUUUGUACAGGCCACUCUUUUCUGCUUUGCGAUAAAUGCUGUACAUGAAUAUUUGAAAUGCAUGAGUUACAUGUAACAAUGACAGCACCGUGACAGCUGCACUUAUACAGUUACUUCUGUAAAGGUUAAAGAAAGGUGGAGUCUAUAUUAUAAUGAUAAUGCAUUAAAGCAACCAAUAAAUACAUAUAACUUUUACCACCUAUAUAGAAGACUUUAACUCUGCAUGUCCAGAGCGAUCCUGGAAAUCAUCAAUUAAAAAAAAAUGAAUACAGUUAGUCUACUUUUUGUGGCUCUCUCUUACCUGGACUGAUUAUGCUGCUGUGAAGCCAAGCCAAGCCACCAAUGUUUGUAGUCCAGUUCACCAACGAUGGCAACAAUUUUCCUCUCAUUGCUUUUUUUUUUUUUUUUUUUUUGCUUUUAAGGAGCGGUAUUAAUAAAUGUUCAAGGAACUAGUGGGGCAAGGAAUCUGCCAUAAGCUUUGGAAAUUUGUGCUCUAGCCUUUUGACUGCCUGUGUUUGGGCAAGCCGCGCGUGUGCAGGUGUCCGUAUCGCCAGCACCAAGAAGCGCCGGCUCCCGGGAAGGCCGCCCUGUCCGCCAGCCCCGCUGGGGCACCUCGAGCAGUGUGCGCGUGCUUGCUGCCGUCUUGUGCUCCAGGCUUUCUCCGAAUAGCUGUCACAGGUCUCUGGUUUAUCUAAGGCUGCGUCCUUUUUCCUCACUCUUUUGUCCUUUGAAAAAUGCUAUGGCACCCGUGUUCCUGAUGGUCGUCAGAGUGCGCUUCGGUCCUACCUCCUUCCCCUAUGAAUUCAUUGCAUUGCCCAAGGAGUCCACCUCUACUUCUAGCCCUCCAGAAAGCUGGAGUCGUUGAGAAAUUGGAUAAUCCCACUGAAAGAUUAGGACAGGACGUUGAAGUUGCAAAGCCAAGUACACAGAAGCUGGGAAACACGAAAAGAGGUUAUGAUCACAUUUUUUUAAAUUGUAGUGUGCUGCACAAAUUCAUAAACAUGUGUCAGUCUCGUCAGAAAACACUUAACGGAGUAUGAAUUUUAAAUGCACUUUAUUAAUACAGCACAAACAUUUCAGCAUCUUAACAAAAAGAAGGGCAUGCAAGACACAACGCAUGGGAGACAUGAGACAAGUUUCUUACUGCUGUUACUGUCUUGUUCCUCUCAGAUAGCAAAGCAUGAGAAAGACAUCUGGGAGGGUAUUAAGUAUGUGUGAUUUAACAACCUGCAAGAAAAGAAGAAAAAAAAAAAGAAAAAAACCCUUCCUCCUUAUUUCUGAUGUACCUGCUUUAUGAUUAAUUGGGGAUUCUUCACCUGGCUGGUGCCUGCUCUGCUGUAAAUUAGCUGCCUUCUUUGUCUGCGAUUCCUGGCAGAUUAUGCUAGGUAUGGCUCAAAAGUUACCUGAGGUAUUUCAGUUCCUUGGCCUUUUGUAGCAGCAAAUGGGAAACUUGUGGGAAAGUUUUCUAACGAUGCAUAUGCAGCUAUAGAUUAAUAAACGACCAGUAUGAGCUCACAUCACACACUGUAUUAACUGUUCUCUAAAAAAACCCAGCUUGCACUUAAUAUGUUGUUAAAUAUAUGUAGUUGUCUACAACAUGUAUUAGUAGCUCAUGUCA